UUGUAGACAAACACAAGCAUGUUUUGUUGUGAUUCAUCAUGCGUCUCAAUAUAAACCUGUUCAGGUGUAUUCACUCACUGUCAGUUUGCAAUAACAAUUUGCUGUGAGCGGUGUGUUUAGUCACUUUGGAAAAUAUCGUCGUACUGCCAACAAAUCCAAACCAAAUGCAAACAUGAAGAUAACCUUUGCGUCGUUCCUCCUCGUUGUGCUUUUAAAACACUCGAAUCAACAAUGUUUAUCACAAAAUGAUAACGGAGUCCUCAACCCCCUCGGAAGGGAGAGACUCUACACCGGCCAGCAGGAGUUCUCUCUGGCCCUUUUACAAGCCAUCAAUCAAUUGAUGCCCCAUGAGAACCUCUUCUUUUCGCCCUACUCCACCUACCAUGCCCUUCUCAUCGCCUAUUUCCUCGCAGGAGGGCAAACCGAGAGCUAUCUCAAGAAAAUCCUCAGACUUGAGCCUUCACAGAAUAAACCAGAUUUUUAUCAAGCGUAUAAACUGGAUAAGCUACAAACACUCAGAGCUAAUCUAAACAGCUCACACCAGUUUACAAACGCUAAUAAAAUUUAUGUAGCGGAUCAGAUUGAUGUAAGGUCGUGUAUCGAAUCAUUGUUUAAAGAUGAAUUGGAAAAAAUUUCGUUUAAAAAUGAUCCCGAAGCGGCGAAGAACUUGAUAAAUGCGUGGGUGGAAGAACAUACGCAUAAGAUGAUUAAAGAUUUGCUACCACCGGGGAGUAUUGAUCAAAGCAGUACUUUGGUUUUGGUCAAUGCGGCUUAUUUUAAGGGCACAUGGGAAAAUAAAUUUAAUCCUAACGAAACAAGACCCGAAAUUUUUUAUGUUAGCCCUUCAAAGCAAAUCAUGGUCGAUAUGAUGCACAUUGAGGGGACCUUCAACCACGACGUUUCCGAGAGUCUGGAGGCUCAUAUUUUGGAAAUGCCGUACAAAGGCAGCGACAUCAGCAUGUACAUCCUUUUGCCCCCUUUUACCAAAGAAGACGCCAUCGACAAAACCCUCAAAAAACUGACUUUAGAAAAGUUCAAAAGCAUCGUCAAUAGCAGUAGUUUGACGUCAAAGACUGUCCAAGUGUCCUUCCCCAAGUUUUCCCUCGAACACACCGUCGAGUUAGUUCCGAUUCUUGAAUCGUUGGGUGUGGGCAAUCUCUUCAAAAAAGAUGCAGAUUUCUCAAAACUCUCCUCUAACCCCGAAGUCUCGGUGGGUCGAGGCAUCCACAAAGCAAGAAUCGUUAUAAACGAACAAGGGGCUCACGCCGCCGCCGCCACCGCUUUCUUCACUUGGCGCAUGAUGGGCGACGACGAUGACAACCCCAUCGAAUUCAAAUGCAACCGCCCUUUCGUCUUUCUUAUUUACAACAAAAUCACGCACACUAUUCUCUUCACGGGAGUGUUAGAAAAAAUGGGGGUUGGAGAUUUGUUCCAAAACGGAGUCGAUUUCACCACACUCACGAAGAGUAAAGUUGAGCUCGGCAACGCUUUGCACAAGGCGAGGAUCGAGUGCAAUGAGGAGGGCACCAAAGCUGCCGCCGCCACUGUACUCUUCAGUUUCAGGUCGAGCAGACCGGCCGAACCGGCACAGUUCCACUGCAAUCAUCCUUUUAUUUAUGUUAUUUAUGAUAAAGUCGCUAAAGCUGUUUUGUUCACCGGGGUCUUCAGGAGACCCGUUUAAGACUUUGUUUUGUUUUUGUGAUUGUUAUUAUUUAUUGUCUAAACACUGUUCUUAUUUUAAUAUUCAUUUCGGGACGCAAUAUUUCAAAUAAAGACUUUCUAACAUUUAAA